AUGUCUCAGGAUAACGACUUACCUGGCCUACUGAAACCUCGUCGUCUGCUGCAUGGCGAGAUCACAUAUCAUGAAGCAAAGGAGCAGGAGUCCAAUAUCCUACAUCAGUUAGGCUAUACGGACGAGAGGGAUCGCUUCUUCAAUCACUUGCACCAAAAUCGAAAGUCAAUUGCUAUACUUACUGCCCAUCAUCUCGGCCUCAGUUCUACAGCCUCGUGCCGUGUGGUUGACGUCAAGGACUGGAUACACGGGAGCUUCAAUGUCUGCAUCCGCGUUGACAUUAAUACAGGCCGGGGACAAGAUCCUGAGAGACAAGUGAUGAUCCGAUUUCCGUUGCCUUACCGAGUGAGGGAGAGCUCACCCCCGGACAAUGCAGACGAGAAGGUCCGCUGUGAAGUUGGAACCUAUGCCUGGCUCCAGGAAAACAGCCCCACUGUUCCUAUUCCUCAUCUCUAUGGAUUUGGGCUAGCUGCUGGCCAAACUUUUACCCAUCUCGACAAUCUGCCUUUUCUAACCCGCAUUUUCCACCGCGCACGCCGCCGAGUUUUGAGUUGGUUCGGCUACCCGCUCCCAUCCCAAUAUGUUCAGCAUCAAAGCAAAGAUCAAGUUGCGCUGGGCAUGCCCUAUCUUUUGAUUGAAUACAUCAAGCCAUCGCGCGGCAAGAUGCUCGCGGAAUCAUGGGAGGACGGCCGCUCCAACCUCCAAUUACGCAAGAACCUCUUCCAUGGAAUCUCCCGCAUCAUGCUGGCUAUGGCGCAUACACCUUUGCUAAGGAUCGGCUCCUUUGUCCUUGACGAGGCGGGCUACUUGACCUCAAGUAGGCCCCUUACGUGCAAUAUCCAACAACUAGAAAACGAAGAUAUUCCUGUUCACAUGCGGCAAGAUGCUACCCACACCACUGUAGAUUCAUACAUCAAUGAUAUUCUCGCAAUCCACGAAAGCCGCCUUCGGCACCAACCUAACGCAGUUAAUAGUGUUGAGGAUGGUCUUUAUCAGACAUCUGCCCUGAUGGUGAUGCGAAGUGUGUGGUCUUGCUUCUUUCGUCAAGAUCUCUUGCGCGGCCCAUUUUUUAUGAGCCUUACCGAUCUGAACCAGACCAAUAUCUUCGUUGACGAUAAUUGGAACAUCGCAUGCCUUAUUGACCUGGAGUGGGCAUGCUCUCAACCUGUGGAGAUGAUCCACCCUCCAUACUGGUUGACAAACGAGGCCAUUGAUUCGAUCAGCGCGGAUUACGAGAAACUCCAUCGUAAAUUCAUGGAAGCUUUCGCAGAGGAGGAAACUCGAGCCGAGUUGCCAUUUUCUCUCCACGCUAUCUUGCAGCAGGGGUGGGAGAGGGGGACGUUUUGGUAUUCUCUUGCCCUCAGCAGUCCUCCUGCGGCGCUAUUCAAGAUCUUCUAUGACUAUAUACAGCCGAAGUUUUCGACAGUCCACGAUGAUCCGGCUUUCUGGAGGAUCACAAUGCCGUACUGGACGUUUGAUGCAUAUGAGUUCAUCAAACAGAAAGUCAAGGAUAGGGAGCAGUAUGAUGUCUUGUUGCGUGAAGCAUUUGGACGUGAAAGUUCUCAAGCUCAGAGUUUAUGA